AUGUGGUUGAAAUCGAUCUUUUUCUAUAUGCUAGGCUUUCUGCUGCUGAAUGUGGAUGCUGCUCCAACUACUGCUGCGAAAGUUAGUUGGAAUGAUAUGGAUCUAACGAAAAUAUAUCCUCCAAAUCCACCUGUUACGCACCGUGUUUUGAUGACUUUGGGAUAUUACGAUUCUAUUUUGAACAAGGAAAAGGAGUAUGAGAUUGUAAUUGAGUUGUAUGGAACAGUUGUCCCACAGACUGUCAAGAAUUUUGUAGCUCUGUCCAAUGGCGUGCAUUUCAAAUACCACAACGCUGAGGAUCCAGAAGAAGUCCAUGCCUUUACUUUCAAGCAGAGCAUUUUCCACAAGAUUAUCGCUAACAAACUGAUUCAAGGUGGUGAUGUCUUUGAUAACCAUGCAGCUUUAUCGAUCUAUGGACCUUAUUGGGCAGAUGAAAACUUUGAUCUGAAGCACGAUAGACCAGGUAGGUUAUCUAUGGCUAAUAAUGGACCAAAUACGCAAGGUUCUGAAUUUUUCAUAACUACUCAGUUGGAGGCUGCCACUGAGCUCGACAACAAGAACGUUGUUUUUGGGCAAGUCGUUGCUGGGCUUGAGAAUUUAGUUAAUGACAUUCAGUACGUUGAGACAAAUGCUCAAGGCAAACCAGUGGAUGACGUGACAAUUAAGUACAUCUUGGUCGACGAGAUGAUGUUGGGCAACCAAGAGGAACUACAUGCUGCUUAUUUGAAGAGAUUGGCAGAUUUCCAAAGAGGUGACCUCUCGAAGGGUGUUGCCAUGAGCAAAACUAUGGCUGAAGGUGCCAAGGAAGAGAAAGCUUUGGAUGAUAUGAAGUUCAGUGAUUUGCAUCAUCCGUUGUUCAAAGUUUUGCUCGGAAUGGCUGUCCUUGGGAGUUUAUAUCUCUUGGCACGCAACAAAAGAAGAAUAUUUACAAAGUCAAACAAUAUUGUCUCUUUAAGGCGUGAAUAA